UGAUUCAAUUACAUUUUCAGCUAAUGUUGUAAAUAGGUGAAUUUCAAUCUUAAUCAUGGCUUCAACCAGUUCUGAUCCAAAGGCUGAAGAUGCAUUCAAUACAUAUAUGUCCGAAGUGAAAAGAAUUGAAGCCGCGGAUUCAGUACUAACACCAAAACAACAGAUUGAUCGUUUAAAUCGACCUGGAUCAACUUAUUUUAAUCUUAAUCCAUAUGAUGUUCUACAAGUUACGCCAGAAACUCCUCUACCAGAUGUUAAGAAGAAAUUCAGACGCUUAUCUAUACUUGUUCAUCCAGAUAAAAAUUUAGAACAAAAAGAGCUCGCACAAAAGUCAUUUGAUGCUGUCAAAAAAGCAUGGGAAUUACUAAAUGAUGAUAAAGAAAGAGAAAAAUGUUUAGGUGUAGUUUCAGAUGCAAAAGUACGACUUGAAACGAUAUUGAAAGAAAAAAGGAAGAAAUUGAAAAAGGAAGGAAAACCUGCUGAAAUACCAGAAGAUGAUCCGCAUGUUUAUGAAUCAGAACUACACAAAGAAACUUGUAAACUUUUUGCUGACAUGGCGAUUGUUCGUAAAGAGAUGGAAACUCGAGAAAUGAAUGAAAGAAAAAGGAAAGCGCAACAAGAAGCUGAGGAAAAAGAAAAAGCGAAGCAGCAGAAAGAAUGGGAUAAAAACUUUGAGGAAAGUCGUCAAGGUAGAGUUUCCAGUUGGCAAAAUUUUAAGAAGGAUAAAAAGAAGAAGAAAAAAGACACGAGGGCACCUUUCAAACCUCCGAAAGUCAGAAUGGAAGAAAGAUGAUCUUCCUCUCAUUAUAGUUAUAUUCAUCAAACUUAUAUCUCUAAAACUUCAAUUGUCUUUUGUUUCACAUCAUAUCGAAAUAAUCUUGAAAAUUAGAAUUGAUUGUGAAACCUGUGUACUAGGCUAUAGUAUUAUGCAUUGACAUAUAAUCAUCAUUUUGUUUCUCCCAAUUGGGGUCAAACUUUACAGUAGUGAAUGAGUUCCCACUAAUUUUAAAUUAUGUUUCAUUUAGAAUAUUAUUAUUGAAACAGUUUUUAUAUGGGUAUGGUUUUCAAUAAUCUGUCAAUGUUAUUAAAAUGGAAUUUAUGGAUUGUUCUAUGUAUUUGUAAUAAGAAUUUGGUGAAUUGAAAAGCAUAUAUUUUUCAGCAAAAAAAAAUCAAAUUGGAAAAUUUAAAUAGUACUGCAUUGUGAUACAAAUUGUUUUUCACCAAGAUUAUAUUAGUAGUAAUUUCCCGUUUAUUUUGUUAUUUUGUCUCACUUGACAGGUAUGCGGCUAUAUUAGCUUAUUUUUUAAAGUUUAUUGAACUAUGCUUCUUUGUUAUUUUCAG